UGCAUAGUUAGAUGUAAUGUAUUGUACGAUCAAACAAUCAAACAAGCAGUCAAACACUGUUAAUGCAGAUUACCUAAAACAUAUUGUAUGCAAUAGGCAGUGUGGCAAGUUUCACUCUUUUUCUUAACUGGUUGUUUUUCUUUCAUUGCAAAACCGGGUCAAAUUCUUAAAGCAUUGCAUACAAUGUGGCUGUGCAGGAUAAGUAUACGCUCAUUGGCUGUGUAUCACGUGAUGUACUGACGUGGUUGACACGCAUGUGUAUAAGUCAAUACCACAUUAUGUACGGCGCAGUUUGACAGACGUCUCCGUUUCAUGCUAUCUGUGCUUGUGCCUCUGUGGGAGCUGUAUUAACAGUCAAAUAUGUUCAUAUGUGAAACUUUAACACCAGGUUUCCAGAUGCUAUGAUACUAUGUGACUAUUGUGGAGAUGAAAUACAGCCAGAUUCACCAGGUGUAAAUGUGUACAACAAGGAUGUGGACGUGCGUUAUGUGACAAAGCAGGAUUGUAUACCAGCUGGUUUUGAAUGUGCCUCGGUAUUUGUCAAAGGGGACAAAAUCACAUAUCUGAAAGAAAGGAGCUUAUUGCCGAAAGGUUUUGAAUGCGUAACUGUUUCUGUCAGGGAUCGAGACAUAGUAUAUGCAAGGAACCAGAACUUAAUACCAGAAGGUUUUGAACAAGUUACUGUGUACACCAAGAAUGGGGAAGUAAAAUACGCAAGACAAGGUGACAGCCCCCCUACAGGAUUUGAUCGGGUUUCAACCUAUGCAAGGAACGAAGAAAUAAAGUAUGGGAAAGAAAGUGAUCUUACCCCAGUAGGAUUUGAACAAGUGACUGUCUGUGUGAAAACAGAAGACAUAUUAUACACAAGGCAAGGAGAGCUUAAACCAACAGGUUCUGAUCCCGCGUCAGUUUAUGUGAAAAAUGAGGAUAUCGCACAUGCAAAGUGCCGCCAAGUAAAAGCAGUAUUUCACACAGAGUGCCUGAAUAGAUAUAUUCCACGGUGUGAGGAGGCAGCUCGUAAGUUCCUGGAAGGAGCUUCUCCAGAAAGCAAUGUCUUGUCUAUCGGGAUUCAUGUCAAGUACUUAUUUGGAGAAGGGAAAGUAAACUCAGAACAGAAAAAAAAAAAAAGGGAUAAGAGAGAUCGUAAAGCUAUUGAGUUACUGAGAAAAGUAUCAGCUCUGCGGAAUUCCAACUCUGGAUAUGUCCUAGUUCAUCUUGUUGGCCUGGCACCUGAAGAUUCUUUCACUGGCGCAUUUGAUGAGUUUGCUGACCCAAAACUUAACGAGUUGAUUCAAGAUGAAAAACAGUUCUGUGAUGUUUACAGGAAACAGACACUGAACAGUCACUAUGCUUGUCACGGCUUUGGCGACUUUCUCGUGCUGUAUGUUGGAGCUUCGUCAACUGUAACGACUUCUAAAUUCAAUACGAAGACAACACUCGAUGACUGCAUCACUGAUAUUCGUGCCGAAACGCUCAGAACAUUUGUUAGAGAGAGAAAACCCUUAAGCAACACAUUCCAUACACUUCCUGGUGUGACCCGGGCACAUCACCUUCUGAAUGUGCACGAAAACAGAUCAAUUCAAAUAAAAAGUCACUUUUCACAAAAGAAAGAAGAUCAAAAAAUAAUAGAGGACAUCAUCAAGAAUCAUAAACUUGCAGAAUAUAUCAGCGCAUUUACUAAAACUGAAUGUGGUGGUUCCUUUCUUUAUGGCGUCCAUGAGGAAACUAUUUUCAAGAUGGGAUAUGGUUAUGAGACUAAAGUAAACCGCAUACAGCCAGUCAUCCUGAAGGACAGAACCGUUUUCAGGGACACUUUAGGGGAUAACAUCAAGAAUACUGUCCUGGUCUGUGACUAUGAUGGAAAUGAACUAUGCCCAGAUCCAAAUAUUUUCCAAAUUCAUUUUAUUCCUUGCACACCAGCGGAGGAACGCACACCAGCGGAGGAAUUAGUUAAUCGGCCAGACAGUGGAGAACCUGUACAUGAUGGAUAUGGUGAUGAAGAUGCUGUAAUUGUUCAUGUGGCUGUCAGACCAGUGAGUGGGAUAGUGUUCCAUGACAAACAAGGACCGCUUGCAUAUGUAUAUGACAAACAAUUCAAACUGAUCACACGGAUAGAUAUCAAGGACUGGGUACGUGCUCUUACAAAGAGUAACUCAGAAGUAAACUGAUGUAACACACGACG